UGCAGCGAUCCACCGGCGUCGGAGAGAUGAGAGUCACCGGUGAUGUGCUUGUGCGGAGGUCUCGCGGAGGACAACGCCAGGUUCAUCCUCCUCGCCGUCGUCCUGGUAGCGUACAUGCUCGCAGGCGCGGUGCUCUUCCAAAGGUUGGAGAGCGAUCUCGAAAUACGGCAGGCCACGGAAUUCUGGCGGGUUUACCACGCGUUUCGAAGGCAUCACUUACGAGGUAGUCCCUUGGCCCUGCAGAGGCUACACGAGCUCCUGUACGCAUACGGCAACGCUUCCGCCAUUGGCAUUAUCAACAAAAGACGCCGCUGGGAUUUUCCCGGUAGCUUUCACUUUGUGGGCACCAUCGUCUCUACGAUCGGAUACGGAAGCACCGCGCCGCAAACAACGGCGGGCAAAGCGGCCGUGGUUCUCUAUGGUUUCUUCGGUUGUUCCGGUGGCAUUCUGUUCUUCAAUCUAUUUCUGGAGAGAAUCAUCACCUUCCUUGCUUGGAUUCUGCGCUGCUGGCACGUGCGCCGUCUGAAGAAACUCCGCCGGAGCACGUUGGCUUCCCGACGCGUCUCCAAGUCGUCGAGCGCCCAGAAGCCAUCCUUGCCAGACAUCCUCGACGAUGACGACGACGACGACAACGUGGACCUGGACCAAUGGAAACCGAGCGUCUACUGGGUUAUGCUGUACUUAUCCGUAACUUCCUGCAUCAUCGCCUGUUGCGCCGCAGCACUUUACGCACCGCUUGAAGGCUGGGAUUACUUCGACGCGCUGUACUUUGCUUUCGUUAGCUUCACCACCAUCGGCUUCGGCGACUACGUCAGCACGCAGAAACCGAGCUAUCCUUAUGUACAUUGGUACAGAUUCGCGAAUUUCGUCUUUCUGCUGGUGGGCUGCUGCUGCAUAUAUUCAUUGCUGAACGUCACGUCGAUCGUGAUAAAGCAGGGCCUGAAUUACGUGAUACACAAGCUGCAAUACGGUAAUCGGGACGUGGCGGCGCCGUACCUGCCGAGGAGGCAGUCCUCGGUGUCGACUAUAUAUUACUCGAAGAGGCGGGCGACCAGAUUCGUCGGUAGGGACUCGAUCAGGGCCGAGGAGAAUUCAGAGACGCCUCGCAGGAUGUCCGGCGAGUUGAUCUCCAUGAAGGAUUUCUUGUCCGCGAACAAAGUCUCGCUGGCGUUGAUGCAGAAGCAGCUGUACGACGCCGCACAGAUGCAGCGGGGCGGCGGGUCGCUCGCAGCCACGCCGAACCAUCAGGUGCUGAAGCCGGGGGCGGUGGGCCCGCUGGCGAUCGCCAGCGAGAAGUUCGAAAGUAAAAGCGCUAUCAACAGAUAGAGGAGUUGCAAGGCGAGGUAGAGGCGAUAUGAAGAUACACCCCUUAGCGCGUGUAUCGAGUAUAUUUUUCAUGGUACGUGCGUCCAUCUCGUGAGCAUACUCGCUAAAUCGGAGAGAUCGAAGCGUACGACAGUGUACGCUUUUAUUAUAACAUAGCGAAGUAUAGCGAAAUUUAACACUAUUAACGCUCACACGCUCCAGCGAUUUCUUCCUAUCUCCCGCUGCUUCACGUCACUAGCGGCUCGUGUGCGGAUGUUCUACAUAAUAAUGAAUAAAUUAUUACCCGCUCGUCGUGUAUCGCUC